AUGGACAAUGAAACACGGAUUGGUGAAGUUCAUUGUGUGACAUUUAACCAAGAUUUAAAGAGUCUUCUUGUAGGUCAUGAAAGAGGUUAUUCAAUUUAUAGUAUUACAACAAUUGAUAAAUUAGAAAAAGUUGUUGAAUGUACAAAACCAGAAUACAAAGAAGUAAUUCAUUUUGAAAGAUUAUUCUCAUCUAAUUUAAUUACACUUGUUCAUAGAAACAAGCCUAGGCAUCUUUUUGUUUGUAAUUUUGGAAAAGGUAUGGAAGUAUGUAAUCAACCAUGUGUAAAUUCAAUUGUUGCUGUAAGACUAAAUAGAUAUAGAAUUGUUAUUUGUCUCGAAGAAACCAUUCAUAUACAUAAUGUUCGUGAUAUGAAAAAAAUCCAGACAAUUAAUGAUACUCCAAGAAAUCCAAAUGGUAUAAUUGAUUUAUCUAAUAAUGAACCAUCUUUUGUCGCUUAUCCUGGUGAUGCUCACAAUGGAAUUGUUAAUAUUUAUGAUGGAAACAAUUGUAACUCAGCAAUUAUUAUUCAUGCUCAUGAUUCUCCAUUAGCUGCUUUAAAAUUUAAUGAUGAAGGAACUAAGAUUGCUACAUCAUCUACAAAAGGAACUGUUAUUAGAAUAUGGGAUGUUUCAACUGGAGAUAAAUUAUUUGAAUUUUCUCGUGGUGUAUCCCGAUGUGUUACAAUUUAUUCACUAGCAUUUUCUCCAUGUUCAGGAUGUCUUGCAGCAUCAAGUAACACGGAAACAGUUCAUAUUUUUAAAUUAAAUCAACAAAAUGAAGGAAAACAAAAUGAGGAUGAUCAAAAUUCAGGAACUUGGGUAGGAUAUAUUCAAAAACAAUUUUCUCCCUAUCUUCCUACACAAGUCAGUGAGGUAAUCUCACGUUCAAAAUCAUAUGCUACAGCAACAUUACCACGUUCUGGUUUUAAAAACGUUGUCUUAGCUACAACUGGUGGUUAUCUUUAUUGCUACCACAUUCCACCAGAGGGAGGUGAGUGCUCUCUUUUACAUCAGUACAUCAUUGGUCCAACGGCAAGCGUAACACAAAAUAAUAGCAAUGAUUCAGGAAUUGCGUCAAUUACACAAACAAAUCCCUCUAAUUCUACUCAAAAAAGUGGAAAAGUUGUUGAAAAUGAGGGAGAAAAGAAGUUACCAAUUUCUGGUGGCAUAGAUAAGCAAGAUGAAUUUCCACCAUUAAGUUAA